CAGAGCACCUGUCGGAAAGCAAGUCAACAUUAAGUGCCGGUUUACCUGCUGUUAUGUGCCCUGAAAGCUGGUUCCAUUCGUGGAGUGCUGAAUAAAUGGAUCUGGAAAAGGAAUACAAAGUUGUGUCACGCGCAUUUGAGGUGGUGUUUGGAACUUAAGAAGGAGGCAACCUGCCUAAAUCAGCUGGGAAAUGUCGAAACAAACGGACCAUGUAAAGCGUCCUAUGAAUGCGUUUAUGGUCUGGUCCAGAGCCCAGAGACGGAAGAUGGCACUCGAUAACCCUAAGAUGCACAAUUCUGAGAUCAGCAAACGGCUCGGAGGAGAGUGGAAACUUCUGUCAGACUCAGAGAAAAGACCCUUUAUCGACGAGGCCAAGCGUCUCCGCGCGGUUCACAUGAAGGAGCAUCCGGACUACAAAUACAGACCGCGGCGCAAACCAAAGAGCUCCGUGAAGAAGGACCGCUAUCAGUGUAAUGUGGCUUAUAACCUUGGAGAGCAGGACGCACUCAAAGGGGUAUUAACAAAUCCUGAAAAGACUGCUGCUGCUGUAGCCGCCGCCAGAAUGCUCCUCAGUCACGCUGUACCACCGACCCCUUACUCUUACCUGGACAUACACUCCAAAAUGGCAGAAUUGUCGGCGAACUCAUAUCCACACACCUCUCUGGACUAUUCCGGACGCGUUGUUGCCUUUCCUACAAUGGGGCUUGUUGGUGCCACGCACACUCACCCGUCUCCGGGCAACCCUGCCUACAUGAUGCCCUGUAACUGCCCAGUGUGGGCGACCUCUGCGCCUCAGCCUCCUCCUUUAGCUUAUGUGGUUUUGCCUGGAAUGCGCAAAACUCUGCACGAACCUUACUCAGCAUUUACCGCAGCCUUAUGAUAGACACAUCAUAUAUCUAUACCACUUUAUUGUAGUGAGCUGUAAGGACUCUUUAUA